GGUGCAGAUUGCAUCGAGAAAGACACACUUCAUCACUGUGGUGCAGUACAACAACAAUAACCAACUACCAAAAUGAAAUUCUUGAUUGUCUUCGCUUGCGCUUUGGCCGCCGCCUCCGCUGGUCACCUGGUCUCCCCCGUGUACCCAGGCCCCCAACACUUGCCAGUAAUCGGCGCCAACGGUGUCCCAGUUGAUACCCCAGCCGUCCAACAAGCCACCGCCGCCCAUUUGGCUCACAAAGUCGAAGCUCAUGCCCGCAAUGGUGACUACCAUCAAGUCGCUCCAAUUGCCCCAAUUGCCGCCCCUGCUUUUGCUGCCCCAGUAGCCGCCCCAAUUGCCCCAGCUCACUUUGGUUCCCAGGCUUACCCAACCACUCUUGGAGUCCCAGCUGUGACCGCCAGCGGUGUCCCACUUGAGACCCCAGAAGUUGCCGCCGCCAAGACCGCUCACUUUGCUGCCCAUGGUGAAGCCCUUGCCCGUACCAGCCACGCUUAUGGUCACUACGUCGCUAAACGUGGAGUCUACGCCUACGCCACUCCAGCUUACGCCUAUGGAGCUUACGGUCAUCAUUACUUGGCUAAGCGUGGUGUUUAUGCUGCUGCCCCCUUCGCCUACACCGCCCCAGCUUACCACUACGGAGCUUAUGGACACCAUUACUUGGCUAAGCGUGGAGUCUACACUCCAUUCGCUUACUCCCAUGGUUACACCUCUGCUUACCCAUAUGCUCAUUAUUAUUGAAUGACAUGACUACUCACGCCAUCUCACGGAUAAACCGACAACGAUAUGAUAAUCUUAGUCUAUGUAAAUAAAGUAAACAAAAUAUAAAUCAAAA